UCUCAAAUGUAUAGAGGGACGCCACAACGCCGCAGCCCCCCCGACCCCAAUCUCCCUCCCCCGCCGCCGCCAGCUGGGAGUCGGAUUGGCGGGGAGGCGUUUCCCUGAGUCCAAUCCGAUGGCGGAUUCCUUCGCGGGGGGAAUUUUUGCCUGAGCCAAUCUGACUCGAAUUCAGGACCGCCGGAGAGGAGGGGCAUAGCAACUCGACGGCAUGUCAAAGCGGCAGCUGACUCUUCAGCCGUGUUGCCACACAGCCAAGCGGCGGCGGCCGCCGCCGUCACAGCUGCAGCAGUUGCGACAGCAUGUCUAUCUCGUGGUGGAUGACUGGGAAAGUGGAUACAGCGUCCGCAAGAUAGACAUCGACGCCAUGUACUCUGACGCCGGCGCCGACCUGGAUGACGAUGACGAGGCGGAGCCCCUACCAGAUCCCCCUGUCGUGCGCUUCUACGGCCGCCACUGCCGCCUGUCGCACUUUGGCGCGUACGGCACGAGCAUACUCGCCAUUCUGGGCCCCAGCGAUGCCACCCGCCCCAUCCCCCUAUUCGACACAAAAACGCUGGGGGUCAAACUCUGCUCCCUUCCAGACGGCAGCAGUCCCAAGCCCUUGUUCGCGUCUGUAGGUGGCGAGCAUUACUUGAUGCUGGGAUCCUCCGUGUAUGUGCUCGACGCCCUGCCACCCCGCAGAACUGAGCAAGGCAAGCAGUGCUCUUGGACCAAAAGUCACAAAUUGGCUCCGUUCAUGUCCGGUGAAGUUGUGUCCUUUGCAGUGCACCCCAACGACCGGUUGCUUUUCGUCUCCAAAGCAGCCAGAACCUUCGUCCUGGACACCAAGUGCCUCGCCUGGAUGACCCCAGGCAACUGGGUAAUGCCUUUCAAAGGCCAGGCCUACUUUGAUGACAAGCUUGAUGCCUGGGUAGGGCUCUGCCGCCACAAUGGCGGAGUCGGCUACGUCUGCUCCUGCGAGGUGCCGCCAAUGGCUGAUUACACUUCAAUGUCGACCAUGCCAGCUUGGAAGCUCGGGGACCAGCUCUUCAAUGCAGACGAAAGGCACCUAGGGGCCACCCUUCUCUACCUGGGCGGCAUCAGUGACUACUGCCUGAUCGAGUCUCGCCUGCACAAGGAUCAGGAGCCUUUCGGACCCUGUGAUGGGCCGCGCCGCCGUGUGCUGCACUUCACCAAGUUUAGUCUCAAGUAUGAUAAAAAUGGAGAGCUCAGGACGACGCGGCGAACGGCGCGCUCCUACCAGAUGACUGAAGGACAUGAAUUAAAUGAGAUAUUCUUCACUCCUGUGGCUUUCUGGAUGUAGCCAACUUAUUUUUCUUGAACCAUGUAUUAUGAGUCAAAUGUUCUCUUCUGUUUUCUUUUUCAAGUUAAAUUUGGUACUUUCCUGAGUUUGAAAGGUUUCAGAUUCCAGUUGUAAAUGUUAUAAUCUAUGUUUGGAAGGUCAAAUUAUUGAUUUGAAAGUUUCA